GGUGGAGUGCAUGUAAAUGAUGGAAACACUGGUGACGUUCCUCCUCACUGGAUCUCUGAUACAAGGUGUUUUUUGUGGCUACAGUAUCAGUCUGCCACAGAGAGUAGAAGCUCUACAAGGAUCCUGUGUUUUCAUACCCUGCUCAUUUGACAUCGAUCCACAGCUUAGCAUGUACCUCACUAACACUGUAAAGAGAAAAUGGUUUAAUGCUGUAAAACAAGUGUUUGACUCCAGCAGCCCCAACACUGGACUGUUAAAAGGAGAAAUAUUUGGCACUGCUACACAGAAAAACUGCACCACACGCUUCGAUAAUGUUGAUCAGAGUCAUAAUGGGUCAUAUUACUUCAGACUUGAAGCCAGCAUUUUAUUGCAAUAUAGCUACAAAGAACCUAAACACACACAAGUUCAAAUUGCCGUCUUAGGAUCUCCACCCAAACCCACACUGAGUCUCUUUAAGGAUCAGCAGGAGGUGAUGAAGAUGAUGGAGUGGAUUGAGGGAAGUUCAGUGAUUCUGCGCUGCUCUACUAAGAUCUUCUGUCCGUCUCGUCCACCAUCUCUCAGAUGGAGCUCAUCUCUCAAUGAGAACGUCACAGAACAGAAGUAUCAGAACCAAACUGAGCUCAUCUCUGAUCUGAACUUCACUGUUUCUCAGCGUCAUCACAGAGUCACUUUCACCUGCACUGCAACACAUCAGCUACAGCAGCCGAUCAAGACACAAGAGUCCUGGAUAAUACUAGUUCAGUAUGCUCCUAAAAACACAUCGGUGAGGAUAAAUCCAGCUGGUUUGGUUCUGGAGGGCUGUUCUGUGACUCUGAGCUGCAGCAGUGAAGCAAACCCAGCAGUGAACUACACCUGGUACAGAGACACUGAAGGACUCCUGAAUCCAGUUCAGACCGGACCAAACCUGACCAUCAACAACACCGACCCGUCACACAGAGGACGAUACUACUGUAGAGCUGAGAACAAACACGGCAUUCAGAACACAUCAGAGCUGCUGGACGUCCAGUGUGAGUACUAA